UUGCAACGUUUAGAACCGCUGCAGCGAUUCACAUGCUUUUGUUUUUCUAAAUGUUAACUCUACUCACUUUAUCGACUCCCAUCACUCGACAGUGGCCGUGUUGCAGUCGACCUCUAAGUGAGGUUAGCUUACUUUUUGUAUAAAAAUUACAGCUACAUCAUGAACGCACAAUUUUUCAAGAAUUAAGACCAAAGUCAUAUGCCUUCGUCAUGAGACUACACACCACAGUCCAACAUGGCGGCCACGUCUGUUUUCCACAGAGCAAGAACAGGUUCGAAAAUAGGAGCUCAAUAUGAUCAAGAGGGAAAUCUUAUUCAGGAAACAAGGGAGGACGAGAAGCAGAGUGUCAAGCUAGCAGAAAUCCUGGAACUUCUUCUUGCUGCUGGAUAUUUCAGAGCCCGAAUAAAAGGACUGGGACCUUUUGACAAGGUGGUUGGAGGGAUGACAUGGUGCAUCACAACAUGUAACUUUGACAUUGAUGUGGAUCUGCUGUUCCAGGAGAAUUCAACUAUUGGACAGAAAAUCGCUCUCACAGAGAAGAUUGUGUCUGUUCUGCCCAAAAUGAAGUGCCCUCAUUGCCAGGAGCCUCAUCAGAUCCAAGGGCUGCAUUUCGUCCAUAUAUUUCCAGUGAUACAGUGGCUGGUGAAGAGGGCCAUAGGGACGAAGGAGGAGAUGGGAGACUAUGUGAGAGCCUAUUCUGUCUCUCAGUUCCAGAAGACACACAGCUUCCCUGAGGAUGAAGACUUCCUCCAGAGGAAGGAAAAGGCUGUGAAAGCAGUCCUAGAUGUAUUGACGGUAUGGAUUCAGCAAGCAGACAAAACAGGACCAGGGAUGGAGACUUGUGGAGGAGGAGGAGGACCUGCAGGCAGCGUAGGAGGUGAAGUCACAUCACAUGUGUAUAAAACCAACCGCAGCCCCAUGUCCAAUACUACAGAAAUGCAUCCCUCUUUGAUGAUGUCCCUGACUCCCUGUGAUAUAUCCUCUCAGCUGCGCAUCAAAACACUGAUGCCCAGCAUGGCUGCCAUGGUGACUGAGGAGGGGAGGCUAACAGCCAACACAGUGGGACAGAUAGUUGGGCUGCAGUCUGAGGAGAUUAAACAGAUAGCAUCUGAGUAUGCUGAGAAGAGGUCUGCAGAGGACCGUCCAGGGUACGGGCCAAUCCAGCAGCACCGUAGGAUAGUGACCUCUCUGAACAAACAGAUCCAACAGAAGACCAAGCAGUUGGAGGAGCUACAAACCAAACACUUGGAGGUAAAAUCGGGGUGCGUGGAAGCUAAGAGCAAACUGUUGGAGGCCACAGAGCAGACCGAGAGACUGGAGAAAGAGCCGAGUGCCCUGGAAGAGGCUGAGGGCCAGGCUGAUACUGGACUGUUGGAGAAGCUGAGGGCUCUGGUAGGCAUGAAUGAGAACCUGCAGCACCAAGAGCAGGAGUUCCGGACACAUUGUAGAGAGGAGAUGGUUUGCCUGCAGCAGAACAUUGAGGACCUGAAGAUGGAGUCAGGAGAUGAUACGGAGGACGAGAAGGAGAGGAGUCAGCUAAUCAACAAGCAGUACAACAGACAGAAGCUACAGAAGAUCAGACUGAUGAUGGCUUGGAGGAACCGUGAGAUCGCCAUCCUGCAGAGGAAGAUAGACGAGGUGCCGAGCAGGGCAGAACUGAACCAGUAUCAUUAGAGGUUCAUUGAGCUCUAUGGCCAAGUUUCAGCAACACAUAAAGAGACCAAGCAGUUCUUCACCUUGUAUUACACAUUAGAUGACAAGAAGGUGUACCUGGAGAAGGAGGUGAACUUGCUGAAUUCCAUCCAUGACAACUUCCAAAAGGCGAUGGCGUCUUUGGGGGCCAAGGAGCAGUUCUUGAGACAGAUGGAGCAGAUAGUGGUGGGAAUCAAACAAAGCCGCAAUAAGAUAGAGAAGAAGAAGCAGGAGAAUAAGAUGAGAGACCAGCUGAAUGAUGAGCUGCUGGACAAACAGAGGCUCUACUUCAAAACUGUCAAGGACUUCAAAGAGGAGUGUCGUAAGAAUGAAAUUCUGCUAUCCAAGCUGAGAGACAAGGGUGCUUCGUAACCCAAAUCACUGUCUCCAAAAUAAGUUCUCACUGUUACAUAAAAAAUAACCUCAUCAAUCAACGACUGUAUGUCUUGUUGUCUGGCAAUACUGGCAUUGUAUUGCCUUGUUCUGCCUACUGUAUUGUGCUUUGACAUUCCACGUUGCUUUGCAGUAUGUGGAUAGUGAUGCCACUACUGGUAGGGCAGAGAUUCUUGAGGGACAUCAACUGCCCUUUGCACGGUGACAUGAGGAAUGUUCUCCACGUACCAUUUAUAUUUAGGUGCAGGAACUCUAUACUUUGGAGCUAAUAUUCUAGGAGAUGCAGGAACUCCAGCAGAAGACCAUUUGAGGUGCUGGUACUCAGUUCCAGUGAGCUCCUGCCCAAGUCAAGCACUGGCUUUACCCAUGUGUAUUGAUCUCUGUUGUCUACCCAUUCCAGCAGUUUAUCAUCACUUUGGCACUUAAUAAAAUAAACCAUGCACAGUC